AUUUUAAAUCUACAGCUCAGGCAUAACAUAAGCCUUCAUACUGUCUUCUUGGAAUGCUUUGUGGUAUUUUAGAGGAAAAAACAUGGACAGGAACUUGGAACUAGAGUCCAUGCAUGGUUUCACACCGAGUGCUUUAAGCAUGGACGACGUGCUGUUGUGGUAUGCCAGCUCGAUCUUGCAAUGGACACAUGCCACGACUUUUCGAUUUGAAAUGAUCCCAAACCUUGGACAUUUUCUAUCGUUUUCUCCUGUUUGUUUGUUCUCUUUGCUCAUUGACAUUAUCGCGCCCUUCCAUUUGCAACCCGCACUAGCAAAUCAAAAGACUGCUAACUUCUCGCGUCUCCUACCACUUUCACGUAAGCAUGUUGUCUCUCACACACACACACAAAAUAAUUGCUAUAUAAAAGAGAUAAUCGAGGAAUCGUUUCCGCCCUAACUGAGAUACAUCUGUAAUAUAAAACACAAACCUGAUACACUAACAUUAGUACAGUAACAUUGUUUGAAAUAUAAAACCUGCAGAAAUAUGAAAAAGAGCUGACUUUUCCUAUUUUAAUUACACAGUUACUGAAGCGGAAUCUAGCAGACCAGCACGAGACAACAAUAUGGCGCAACCAAACUUGAUACCGUUACAUGAUUGGCUGUUAGCGUGUCACUUCCUACAUUGCUAGGUUGCCAGAGAGUGAGUGCCUUUGUUAAUGCAUCCAAACUUGCUUCGCAACCUGUUUUCUUCUGACGAAGGAUAUCGAACGUUUUAUCAAGCACAUUUUUUACCGCUAUCGUUCACGUGUCUAUCGCGAUACAUAUCGUUAUCGUUUUAUCGCCCAGCCCUAAUACACAGUGGUGUAAAGUUGUUGUUUUUUUCAAACCCUGGAACACUUAUGGCUUUGGGUAAUUUAUAACACAUGACAAAUUAGAAAUUUGUGCACAAUCCUAUGUAUGUGAUGCAUAAGCAUAAUUGUGCAUUUAGUGUAUAAACAAGGUAAACAGUCUAAAGUGAUAAAUAAUAUUUAAAUAUAAUGCACACUGAUGUCAUACCUUAUCUACACUAGUAGUUUAUCCGUUAAUGAAGCACUAUGUUUUUACUGAACUACAGCUAGGGUUUUUUUCCCCCACCAUAAUAAAAUAUUUGCCCGAUUGCCAUAAGUCAGUGGAUGCAGUUGAAGGAAGAGCGGAAGGUUGGAUGUGAUUCACGGAGCCUCGUGCAGACGGUGGAUUAAAACUGAGCAGCCGCUUGUAUAAUAACUUAAAACCGCGUAUUUGCAUGUGCACAUUAUUUGAUUGUCGGAGUAUGCUGUGGUGGUGUUGAUCUGAUGGAGCUGCUGGUGGUGUUGGGCUGCUGAUGCGGCCUGAGCGGAUACGGUGGUGUGAUGGCGAUGGGUAAAUGGCUGCUGUAUGCCGGUCUUGCGAUUUCUUUGCUCGCUUUGUGCUUCCUCACGGUCGCAAUAUCCUCCGAUCACUGGUACGAAACGGACGCCAGGAGGUACAAAGAGCGCUGUCGGGCUUUCUCUAGCCGUCGUACCGACCCGGGCUUCAUCUACAUCCCGAGCCACAGCCUCCCGUUGCGCGAGCCGCGGCCACUGAUGAUGCGCAAGCGGAGGGAGCUGUUCGGUGCGAGCGCGGCAGACGAGUGCAAGCGCCGAUAUAAUUCCACCACCGUGGGUCUAUGGAGUAAAUGCUACCGGCAUGGAUUCGACCGGAACAUCGAGGAGCUCAUUAAAAAAGGGACUAUUGAGAGGUGCUCCUACAUCAAGUACUACUAUGCUUCCUCGACACUGGUUCGAAAGGAUAUCUCUUACAAUAUCACCAAGACCAUUCAGCAGGAUGACUGGCAUGCUUUGCAUCUGCGAAGGAUGACAGCAGCCUUCAUGGGCAUGGCUUUGUCCAUCAUCCUGUUUGGCUGGACAAUAGGACUGCUGGGCUGCUGCUGGGAUCAGGGCCUCAUGCACUAUGUUGCUGGCCUGCUUUUCCUCAUGGGAGGUACGUUUUGCAUCAUCGCCCUUUGUACUUGCGUGGCUGGCAUCAAUUUUGAACUUUCCCGCUACCCACGUUACUUAUUCAGCCUCCCGGAUGAUAUAAGCCAUGGUUACGGCUGGUCCAUGUUCAGCGCCUGGUGUGGUCUGGGACUGACACUUAUUGCUGGUUUCUUCUGCACUCUGGCCCCUUCUAUUCAACCUCCACCACCACCUAGCCGUACUCCCUACCCUAAAUCCCGCAUGGAGAACGGCACAGUGUGCUAAACUACUAUGGAAAAGGCAAGAGACAGGAAAGAAUACACACGUUAACUAUGUGACAUUCUGAACUUUUUGAAUGGAGUGAACACUCCACAUGAUGUAAGCGUCGACAGCCUGUGUGUGGAUCUCUGCUGUAAAAGCAGUUGUACAGACGUAUAAAAGUGGUUGUCUUCACGUGAUCAGAAUAUCGUCGGUGGAGCAGUUUGUGUUCUGUUUGUGUGCAUUGUGCAUUUUUUUGAUUUGAGAAAAGACUUAACAUUUCACAAGACACGUCCACAAAGAUGUCAAGGUUAAAUAUAUAAAUAUAACUGAUGAAAAUGAUGUGUAAUAACAUUACGUGCUGUUGUGAUGAGCCAAUUAGAUAAUAAAAACUCUUAUUAUAGGUGUUGUACAUCAUUUCUUUACUUGAUGACUCCAAAAAAUAAAAGGGGGAAAAACAGAUUAAAACAGAGGCACUGAGUAUUCAAUAUUUAUUUAGGUUGUUGUUCCAGAUCUGCAGAAAAGUCAAUAAUUUUAUUUUUUUUAGCUCUUUCAUUUGUAUUAAAUGUGUUAUCUCAGCAGCAUGUUUAAAAACAAAGAGGUUGUACUAUAUUGAAUUUCUUUCCUGAAUGAAU